ACGAGACCCUCCACUUUCCUCCUCUCUCAGACUGAUGGCCCUGUAUCGGCGCUUCUCUCGAGUAUAUGGCACCCUCCACCGCCAUGGUCGCCUCGCCGCCGCUGCCACUCUUUCCGGUCACUCCUCCGCCGGCAAAGCGUUUCCACAGCACCCGUCAAUUCCCUCAUUUUCCAACAGUUUAACCCCAUUUGAUCCCACAAAUUCCACGUACAAACACUUCAUUUGCACUCGUUUCUAUCCCGAAAACCAAACCCUAGUUCAAUUACUUCAUUAUUCAACCCUAGCAAGCCCUAAGAAGGAGAAUGAUGACAAGCAUAGUGGUAAGAAUAAUGGGCUGGAAGUAUUAUCAUGGAUUGAUUUGUAUUUACCCAAGAAAAUCCGGCCAUACGCCCGCCUUGCACGGCUGGAUAAGCCGAUAGGGACCUGGCUGUUAGCUUGGCCUUGUAUGUGGUCGAUUACAAUGGCGGCAGAAUCCGGAAGCCUUCCUGAUGUGAAAAUGAUGGCCCUUUUUGGUUGUGGAGCUUUACUAUUACGCGGCGCCGGCUGUACUAUUAAUGAUCUUCUUGACCGGGAUAUCGAUACCAAGGUAGAGCGGACAAGGUUGAGACCAGUUGCCAGUGGUGCUUUAACGCCAUUUCAAGGGCUUUGCUUUCUUGGUUUUCAACUGCUAUUAGGCCUUGGGAUUCUUCUUCAACUCAAUAAUUUCAGCCAGAUUUUAGGAGCUUCAUCCUUAUUAUUGGUCUUCUCGUAUCCCCUUAUGAAAAGGUUCACAUUUUGGCCUCAGGCAUAUCUUGGUUUAACAUUUAACUGGGGAGCACUACUUGGUUGGGCUGCUAUUCGAGGGAGUCUUGAUCCCGCAGUUGUGCUGCCGCUUUAUGCAUCUGGUGUAUUUUGGACACUUGUGUAUGAUACAAUUUAUGCACAUCAGGAUAAGGAUGAUGAUCUUAAAGUUGGUGUUAAAUCGACUGCCUUGAGGUUUGGGGAUUCAACAAAAGAGUGGCUUACUGGAUUUGGACUUGCAUGCAUUGGCAGUCUUGCCCUCAGUGGACUGAAUGCUGAAAUUGGAUGGCCAUACUAUGCAUUUUUAGCUGCUGCAUCGAGCCAUUUAGCUUGGCAGAUACGGACAGUUGAUUUGUCAUGUCGUGCAGAUUGCAACAAGAAAUUUGUAUCCAAUAAGUGGUUUGGCGCGAUUGUCUAUAGUGGCAUUCUAUUUGGACGACUCUUUUCUUAGUGGUUUGGUAUAAUUUCUUAACUGAAUUGUCAAUUAUGCAUAUAUACCUUAAGUCAAAUAGACUGCGAGGGCUGCUGAGUAAGAGUUUUUGCUUGGAUGGGAUGAAAAAAAUCACUGGCAAGGUGGUAGAGAUUCAGUAAUUUGCCUUGCACAAAUACGUUGGAUACAAGGAAGUGAGCUUCUACGUUCUUUUGUCAUCUUGCUCACCGGAAAUUUUGCCUAGAUUUUGCAAAUUUUAGUGUGCACUUCGUAUGGACAUGGUGCUUUUCAUCUGUGUGAUUUUAUAGCCUUGGAGUAAUUAUAGUUCCAUACACUGUUGUUGUAAGAUCUAUGUAUUAAUAGGAUGUGCAAAUGUGAAGGACAAUGUAACAGUUUGACAACAAACCCUCUCUGGAAAAGUCGAAUAUCCGUUAAAUAUCUGUAGUUGUUUUCGUGUA